AUGACAAGCUACAAUUCUGACUAUGCUUCUCCAACUUCAGUGCUUGUUACACCUCAUCUACAGACGAUACACUCGGGAAAAGAAGUAAAAGAAGAAACGGUACAAGAAAAACGGCUAAAUUCGACUGAUUGUAUCGGUUCCAAUUUAGAUACAUGCCAUGUAAGUGAAAAUAUACAUAAAAGGUACAAGAAAAAUGUUGUCGGAGGAAGAAAAAAGUUGAGUAGUAUGAGUAAGAGUUUAUCAGACCUGGAAUUUGAAGAGUUAAAAGGGUUUAUGGAUUUAGGGUUUGUUUUCUCGGAAGAAGAUAGGGAUUCAAGUUUGGUUGAUAUUAUUCCGGGAUUACAUAGACUAGGUCAGGAAAAUAGUGAAGAAAAUGAUGAACAUGUAGUUACAAGACCUUAUCUUUCUGAAGCAUGGGAAGUUAUGGAUGAAGAAAAAAGGAUGUAUGCAUUGAAUAAUUGGAGAGUUCCUGCAGCUGAAGAUGAGAUACACAUGAAAGAUAGUCUCAAACGGUGGGCACAUACUGUGGCAUCUGCUGUUAGAUGA